AUGGUGUCGUACGAGGACCAGCAGAAGAUCAACGAGUUCGGCCGCCUCAACACGCGUCUCUUGGAAAUCAGGGAAGACAAGUCGCACGUCAAGGACAUUUUGGACAAGCUGGACGAUGCGACAACCGAGCUAAUGACCGGUGAAGGCGACUCGGUGAUGCUCAUGCUGGGCGACAGUUUCAUGGAGUGCGAAGAGGAGUUCGCCACGGACUACUGCGAGCGGCAGCAGGAGAAUUGCUCGGCUGUCCCAGCAGCGCAAGAAUGACUUGAGUGUUUGUUUGCGCGUUUGAGUGUUUGCGUUCUUUUGGCAUCGACCGCGCAAGCCGAUUGAAGUCGUGGAUAGGCUUGCGUGUGUCUGACACACAUCGACCGUGCUACAACUCACCUGACCAAUGACGACGCACCUGUGUCUCGGGAAGAAACGCCUAGACAUGUUUGUGUUUCUUUCGCUAGCGUGGACCGGACUAUCCGGCUGACCAAUGAGAUGCCGUCAGCGGCUAAUACUCGUGGUCUCCUUAACUUGGGCAACGUUGUGUGUAUGAGCGCGUGUCUGUUUUGCGUGUGUUGAAUUUCAUUUUAUUACCUUACCAUCUCGUUGGCCGGCAAGCACCUGCACCGCCAUUGGUAGCUGAGGAUGUGGAGGGAGGGAGAGAAAAUACCUGGCCUACAUGGUUGCCUAGCACACCCCCCCUGAAGCAGGAAGAAUUGGGCGCUAGCAGUUCAUGGAGCACGUCCCCACCGUGGGAGAGUCGUUUGCAUGUGCCUAUGACGCUCUGGUCGGAGAGACCACCAAGCUUGUUGACGCCGGUUGUGCGAAUGGAGGCGGAGGGUUGCGGCAGUAGUAGUGUGUGGUGUGUUCGCCAACUCGCGUUGUAUCG